UUUGUUUAUAUGACGCUCACGAGUCACGAGGGCCCACGGCCUUGGCCCUCUGCCACAGUCCAGUCAGUCGAUAAUCUACAUUUCCACAAGGCACAAACAACAGUCAAAUGUCAAACUGUCAAAGCCGGCAAGCGGUAUAAGCCGCCACUCAUAUGUUAUUACUUAUCUAUUGCUACUACGAUUUAAGAUGAGAGAUGACCCAGAGCUGGAGAACGGUGGUCAUUAAAAAAAAUAGUAUUAGUUGUUUAUGUGCGGAAUGCGGUGUACCAAAUCUAAACAAUUAUUAUUCAAACUGGUAGCGUCUAGUGCCUACCUAAAGUUAAAAUUAUAAUAAACGUUCUCAAUCCCAGAUUACUUAACUCGAAAUACAAGUCAGUAAAAUUAUUUUUAUUUUACUUUAUUGAAUCAUGGAACGUAAUGAUGAAAAAGAACCAUGCUCUUCAAACUUGCUUAAUGAAAAAAUCUCAGAUCAAAAUAAAGAUUUUAAGAAUAUUCAGGAAGUCAAAACAGUAAAACAAAUAGAAAAACAAAAUGUUUAUGUUGAUGAUGAAGAAGAUGAUGUUGAUGUUGAUGAUGAAAAUCAAAUUAUGCCUGCUAAUAUGUGUUUAUUGGUAGAAAAUACAUUGUGUGAUAAAAAAGAAGCUGAAUGGGUUAUUGAUGAAGAUAGUGACCACUCUAUUGAUGAAGAUUUAGAUGCCUCGUCUUUUAAGACAUAUGAGGAAGAUAAAAAAAUUAAAUCAAAAAUGCCAAAGACAGAUACUCAAAAAAUAAAAAACCCUACCUUUGGUUCUAAAAUUAAUGAACAAACUUCUAAAGAAACUAAAGAUAAUUCAUAUUUAUCAUCUCCACAAAUGAUUAAACAAGUACAACAUUUGACUAACUCAACUUUGAACGAGUUAUAUCGCCCUUCAUGUUCAACUAGCUUAUCUGGUCCAUCAUGUUCAACCAAUAUACCUAGACAAUCAUGUUCAACUAACGUACCUGGCCCAUCAUUUUCAACCAAUAUACCUAGCCCAUCUUGUUCAACCAGUUUACCUGAUCCAUCAUGUUCAACUAGCAUACCUGGUCCAUCAUUUUCAACCAAUAUACCUAGCCCAUCUUGUUCAACUAGCUUACUUGGCCCAUCAAGUUCAACUAGCUUACUUGGCCCAUCAAGUUCAACUAGCAUACCUGGUCCAUCAUGUUCAACCAAUUUAUCUGACUCAUCUUAUGUUUUUCCUCCAGAUCAAUUACCUAGUUUAUUUUAUGGUGGAGAUUCAAAUGAUACUAAUUUGAGUAUGGAUAGAGAACUACAAGCACAUCUUUUAACUAGUUUUUAUAAUAAAUUAUUCUUGGAUGAUUUAAAUGAACAAAAGAGUACUGAACUUCAAGAUAUUAAUAUAUCAAAUUUAGAAGAUUGUGAAUAUUCUAAACAUUAUUUAUCAGAAAAUACAAAUUUUGGAAAUACUGAUGAAGAACCAGAAACAGAAAAUACUGAAUGUUUUGUAGAAGAUCCAGAUAUUGUUAACCCUGAUAUAAUGUACAAUAUUGAUCUUAAUGAAUAUUAUAAUCAAUUGGAUCUUUUAGCUUUAAAAGUUAUAAAAACACCUGAUGACCCUACAGGAUUAGUUGAAUACAAGCAAUUGCCUCCUAUUCCUCAAAUUGAACAGACACGUAAAAAGUUUACUGCAAAUGAACGUUUUAGAUUUGCAAACGGUAUUUCAGAAUGGGAGUAUCAAAUUGAUCGUGAUGACUGGAAUAAAAUAAUGGUAAAACGAGCUGUAGUUUUCACAGCUCAUGCUGGAUUUAGUAUAGCAAACGAAGAGAGCUUAUAUGUUUUAGCAGAUGUAGCUAUUGACUAUGUAAAAAAAUUGGCUGUUAUUAUGAAAAAACAUUUUGAUAUUCAAGCUGAUAGUCCAAGUCCUAAUGGUAUUGAUCCAAUUGAUAAUAGUCUUCAAGAGAUUGGUGUAAAAGGUGGAGUAAAAGAAUUGAUUGAACAUUAUGAAAAUGAUGUUUUUGGUAGGCGUAACAAGCUUUUAAAGAAAUGUCAACAUUUAAAAAAGCUUAUUGAUCGGCAAGUCAUCAAUAUAAUUAAAACUCAAAAUGUCACUACAGAGGAUAUGGAAGAAGAGUACUUAACUAAUGACAUAGAAGAAAAUUUCCUAUCAAAAGAUAUGGACAUAACAGAAGAAGAAAAAACUGAAAUUGAGUCUGGAAUUGAAGAAGUUAUAAUUGAAACUCAAUAUCCUACAGAUGAAAAUAUAUUCACAGAUACUGAAAUCGAGCAGAUAGAUCCUUUUUAUAUUGACAAUUCAGAUAUUGAAGUAAAGAUGGAUACUGGUAAAAAAAAUAUUGAAAAUAUUAAAAUCAGCGCAAUGGACAUAAAAGAUAGAAAAAUAAACAAUUUAAGAACUUUGGACCCUUCUAAAGUAAUAGAAAUUGAUCUCUUAAAACCGUUAGAUAAUCCACCUAUAGAUUAUACACUAUAUGGGCUUUCUGAUGGAAAGGAAAAACUUACUGAGUUUAAAUACUCUUGUGGUUCAGACAGUUAUCCUAAUCCUCCAAAAUCUGAAAAAUUAUUAGACGUAGGAACUCCUAAAAAGGUAAUAAAAUACUUAUACUCACCAUUAGGAGUAUCACCAAGAGUACCACCUCAAAUGAAGCCAGAGAUACCUGUUGAAGAUGGUAAUUAUGUAGGACUUAGUAAAAUGGCUGAUCAAUUAGAUGAAGAUUUCAAUAAUUAUCAAGCUUCGCUCACAGAUGACAAUGUCCAAACAAUAUAUGUCCAUACAAUAUCUGAUACCGAUGAGCCAAUUUCUUUGAAUGAUGAUAAUGCAGAUAAUUCCGCAGAUAAUACUGUUCAAAUUAUUCCUGUGGCUAAUGAAAAUGAUGAUUCUGAUUCAAACAUUGAUUAUGAUAUAGUCUCUGUACAUUCUUUUCUUUAAGAUUUAAUUUUAAAUUGAUGAUGGAUAAUUGUAUUAAUCAGGUAUCAACUUAAAAAUUAAUAUUAUUAUAUAAUCACUUAUUUUAGACUAGGAAAAUAUAUUUAAAAUUAAAUUUCUUAAUAUGUAUUAAGAUAAACUUAAAAAAUAUACAAUUACUAGGGCCCUAAAAUUAUAUGCAUUAAAUUAAAAUUCUAAAACACAAACACAAACAAAAACAAAAUGUAUACAUAAUUUAUAUAUUUAAAAAAUAUAUAAAUUGUAUUAAAUAAUAAAUUUAACUUGUAUACGGAGUGAUUCUUUUAUCAUAAAUACUUAUUAUUUUAAAAAGUAUUCUAUGAUUUUGAAAACAUUUUUUUACAUAGUUUCAAGUUGUUAAAAAAACAAUAUUUUUAUUGAAAAAUUAUAUUUCUAAAUAUUUUUUAUCCUUAUAUUUUUUUAAGUUUUUUACUUUUUUGAAUGACAGCAUAAAGUUUUGAUUUCAUAUUCCAAAGCAAAAUAAUUUUCUGAGUAUUUUGAUACAUAAAAAUCCAAUUUAGGAUGAGUAUUUAAAGUUUAGAUGCAUGGAGUGGAGUGGUACGGGGUUACCCUGCAAAAUGUUUAUCCACUACUCCCCUUGUGUAAACUUUAAAUAUGUAUAAGUAUAACUCAUAAACUACUCGUUCUAAAUUCGAUUUUUAUGUAUCAAAAUACUCAGAAAAUUAUUUUGCUUUGAAAUAUGAAAUCAAAACUAUGCUGUCAUUCAAAAAAGGUAAAAACCUUAAAAAAAUAUUUAGAAAUAUUAUUUUUUAAUAAAAACAUUGUUUUUUAACAACUUGAAACUAUGUAAAAAAAUGUUUUCAAAAUUAUGAAUACUUAUUGAAAUAACAAGUGUUUUAUGAUAAAAGAAUCACUCUGUAUAACUUACUGGCUCAUUGCAUUACACAUUGAUUUUUGAGUAUUCAUUGAUCUAAAUAAAAAAUAAUGAACAAAAAAAUAUAUAAAAAUAUUUAUACAUUUUUAUAAUAUUUAUAUAUAUUAUCUGGAGAGUUAGUAUUGACUAUUUUAGCAUUGGAAACAUUUUAUAAUUUAAUUAUUGCCAGUUUUCAGCAAAUAUUUUCUUGAAUUAAAGAAAACUAUGUUCUGUAUUUAUCAGUUAAAGACAUCAAUUUCAUAGGUACAACUGUACAAGUCACUACAUACGCUUCUACACUAGUAUUUUGUUAUCGUUAAGGACUCAAUGUACCUAUAGCAAACAAUAUCUUGUUUUAGUGAACUCAAAUUAAUCAAAAGAACAAUGAGUUGAUUAUGGGUAAAAAUAAAAUACUACUUUAAUAGUAUUCACUCUAACUAUUUGUUUUCAAUAUGUGCAAAAAUAUACAAAAUACAAUUUUAGAUACCCUCUCAUUAAGCUAAGAUUCAAUAUGUAUAUCUUAUGCCUAGCUAUUUUUUAAACUAAUAAAAAUAAAUAUGCAAAUGCAUAUAAUUCUGGGCCCUAAUAAUAUUACAUUAAACUAUUGAAGUAUUAAGUUAACAGUAAAGUUAAAAAAAAAUAUGAGACUACAUUACUACUUAUGCAAAAUUUAACUUGUACAAAAUAAUAAUAUAUUUUUUAAUCGCCUAAAUUAAAUCAUUUCUUAUCAAUAGUAAUUUUUUCUAUGAUGCAUUUAAAAUGUAUAUUUUACAUAAUAUUAUUUACUUAUUAUCGUUAAUUUAAUUUACUAAGAUUUUAUGAUAAAAUUAUGGUAAAAACAAAUUAAUUUAUUAAAAAUAUUAUCUCUAACCAUUUAAGAUUACUACUUAUUAUUACAUGAGAUUGUUUAUAUCAGGGGUUGGAAAACAUUUUUUCAUACAAUUUUUUUUUAUCAACAAUAUCAAUAAAUAAAUGUAUUGAGAACUAUAAUUGUUAUUCAAAUCAGUGGCGGAUUAACUAUUAGCCUCAUGAGGCUCGAGCCUUGGGCGGCAAACUUGUUACGUUAUUUUAUUUUUAUUCUCAAAAAAAUGAACCAAAAAUAAAAAAAAAUUGAACCAUAAUUAUUUUUCACUCCCAUGGAAUACCUGAGCUAUACCCGAUUAUCAAUCACUCUUCGAUGUUAGCCCAUUUAAACUACAAUCCUUGGAUAGUAUUAAAAAAAAGGUUGGCUGUAAACACUGAGCAUGCCUUAGGGCGCCGUAAAGGUUAAUCCGCCACUGAUUCAAAUAUUAAUAUUUUCUAGAAUUUCUGAUGUUAUUCUUAUCUGGUAAUAGCUAAUUUUAACAAUGAGAAACUUCACAGUUCACACUAUCCAUCACAGAACAAUAUUAUGUUUGUAUAGAUAACUGGAGUACCUUAAAUAACUUGAAUGAUCUUACUAAAAUAUUCCUUUUUUUUUUUUAAUACUUAAAAUCCCUCAUUUUUUAAUUUUUUUAGUUUCUGUUUUUAACAUUUUUUCUGCGUUUUCUACCCCUGGUUUUAUUUAAUUAUUCUGUAUUUUAUUUUAUACUUAUCAUACUGUAAUCAUUUUUAAAUCAAUAUAUAAUAUUAAAAUGCAAUUUGAAAUUCA